AAGAAAAAACCCAAAGCCAAAGUGUAAAGGCCAUAAAACCCAUCUCCCACCGUCUUCGUUUGUUUCCGUAAACCCUUGUUCUUCUUCUCUGUCUGUCAACAGAACAGAACAGCCAAAUGCUCCUCUGCAACAUUCUCAUUUCUAGUUGAAAGCGUUCAAGAAACGAAAAAGUUCCUCUUCUUCUCUGUGUUGGGCCUUUGGACAUCCAUGAUGGCAAUAAGAUGGUGCUGAUACUGGGUGCUGUAUUGAUGUAACAAUUUAUUAUUAAUAUAUACCUGGUGUCAGUUUGGACAAAUUUUGAUGUAUCAUCUUGGAUAUUGAAGGCUACAAAUGCAUCAAUUCUCCUUUUCUAGGGGUUUGAAAGUUUUGAAUAAUUUGAUGGGUUGAAGUACUGGUUUCCUCUUGAGGAAGAACAGGGGCUUGGAAAACUGAAGUUCAGUUGCUUUUAUGCUGAGGACUUGGAGAGCUUGUGGAGAUAUGAUUUGGAAAAGAAUUCUGAUGAGGAGUUCGGUGCUUGGAGGACAAAGGAUACGCAUCUGAAAAAGAAAAAUGUUGCUCUUUCCGCGGAAAGAAAUUUUGUGUCAUGCUGCCCCACCUAAGGCAUCUUCUUUUGCCUGUACAGCAUCUUUGGAGGUUGGUGCAAUAGAAUGGAGAUGACUUUUGGGGAUGCCCCUUUCAGUAAUAUAUGAAACUCCUAUUUCAAACAUAUAAGAGGGUGAAUUACUCUGGGACUUUAUAAGAACGUGCACCAGAUAUUAGUGAGGUUGUUUCAGAUGUGUACAAAAUGCGACUCUCAUUGCAGCUGCAGAAAAGCUCAACUAAACUCAAAGGAAAACAAGAAUACUGAUGAUUUGCCCUCCUUACUUUUUCCAAGAGGUUCUUCCCAGCUGUCAGCAGUCAGUAUAAUGUCUGAAAGUAGUGCACCUAAUCUCGUAUAUAAAAGGAGGAAAUUACGAGGAAACUCUGUCACCAUAUUUUCAGAAGAUCGAGGAAACACAAGAACUGGUGAUUAUCUUUCUUUUGUAAAUUUUAAUGUUCCGUCAGAUGAUCGAGAAAACACAAGAACUGGUAAGAAACAACUUGUUGAUUCGCACACAGAGCAUGAAACGAAAGCCACUCGAGCGUCUCCUCAUUUAUGCAAUAGAGAGUCUCAUGUUUUAAAUUCAGAAUCUUUUAAUGGAUGUUCUGUUGGUGAGGAAUUACUUUCUGAUGAAGCACCUAAAAACAAUGUGCAAAAAGUUUUAGAGGUAAACAGCGUAAAUGAUAGUUGCUCAUCAUCAAAGUCAAAUAUGGAGCAUCUGUCAGCAGUCAGAAUAAUGUCUGAAAGUAGUGCACCUAAUCUCGUAUAUAAAAGGAAGAAAUUAGGAGGAAACUCUGUCACCAUAUUUUCAGAAGAUCGAGAAAACACAAGAACUGGUGAUUAUCGUUCUUUUGUAAAUUUUAUCGUUCCUUCAAUUGCUGCUAAGAAACAACUUGUUGAUUCGCACAUAGAGCAUGAAACUAAAGCCACUCGAGCGUCUACUCAUUUAUGCAAUAGAGAGUCUCAUGUUUUAAGUUCAGAAUCUUUUAAUGGAUGUUCUGUUGGUGAGGAAUUAGUUUCUGAUGAAGCACUUAAAAACAAUGUGCGAAAAGUGUUAGAGGUAAACAGCGUAAAUGAUAGUUGCUCAUCAUCAAAGUCAAAUAUGGAGCAUGCUUCAACUUCCAUGAAGACUGAAGUAGAUGAAAAUGGUGAGUGCUCCUCUUCUAGUGUGAUAGUCAUGGAGGCUGUGGGAGAGCUGUCUGAAAAGGAUCUAUGCAUCUCUAUUCUUAGAAGCCAUGGACUGCUUGGGGAUGUUCAGGCUACCAGGAUUUGUCGUUCUGCUGAAGACACUGGUACCAGUAGCAGUGACAGCUGUCAUCGGUCAUGCAAAAUUUGUAGUCGUGCAGGAACUGCUCUGAAAAUGCUGAUUUGUGAUAAUUGUGAAGAGGCAUUUCACAUGUCAUGCUGCCACCCCCGUAUAAAGACAGUACCUUUUGAUGAAUGGUUCUGCCAUUCUUGUUUGAGAAAGAAGCAAAUUUUAAAGGAGAAAGUGGCUAAAAAAUCACCGAAUAUCACCAGUGUCAUGUGCAGGAAUGCAUCAUCUAAAGGCCAAGUGAAUCCUAUACUGUUAAUGUUAAGAGACAGUGAGCCGUAUGCAACCAGUGUUCGGUUUGGCAAAGGGUUUCAAGCGGAAGUUCCUGACUGGUCAGGCCCAAUAAAUGAUGAUAUUGAUGGCAUUGGCGAACCAUUGGAAUUAGAUUCUUCAGAGUAUGUUAGAUUGAAUGCGCUGAACUGCAAAAAACUUUCUAGAGUUAGCUCUAUAGGUAAUUGGCUUCAAUGUCGAGAAGUUGUAGAUAGUGCAAAUGGAACUAUUUGUGGAAAGUGGCGCAGGGCUCCUCUUUUUGAAGUCCAAACUGAUGACUGGGAGUGCUUCUGCUCUAUCCUUUGGGAUCCAAGCCAUGCUGAUUGUAAUGUGCCUCAGGAACUGGGAACGGAUCAAGUUCUAAAGCAACUGAAGUAUAUUGAGACGCUGAGGCCCCGGCUAUCUGCAAAACGGCAUACUUUGGAUGGCACCAAGAGUACUGGUGAUUUACAAAACCCCAUAACAGAUGCAAAAAGUAUACGAACUCUAUGAUAUGAUGAGAACUCAUUAAAAGUGUCGAUACAAACCCAGCUUGUUACUCAUGUUGUACAUUUAUUUCAUAUAUAACAAAUUGGGUUGGAAAUUUUCACCACAGUUGAAUGUGUUAUGAUAUAGGCAGGUGUAUGUUUAUGAGCUACUGCCUUGCGCGCCUCUCUUUUUUAAAGUUUUUAACCUCCUUAGCAGUGUUGUUUGAUUUUCAUCCUUUAAUGGGUGAACUGAAAUGUGGAAUGGAUGGACGAAGAAC